AUGCUCGAUGUUGAGGGUUCGAUUAUCAGCAACUCACGCCGUUCAGUUAAGUCUGCUGCGUCGUCACGGUCUAAACUUCAGAACGCCAAAGUUAUGAGGUUAGUGGCCGAGCACAAGCUAAGAAAGCUUAGAGAAAGACAAGAACUUGAGCGAGCCCGCAAAGAUCUGGAAAUGAAGCAAGAAUUAUUCGAACAAAGUGCUGAAGUGGAGGAAGCCAUGAUAGUCGAGAGCGUACUACAAGAAGCUCUAAACGAGGAAACGACAUCGACGCUUACUCCGGAAUCCGUCGUCACUGAUUCAGUGGUACAUAGUAAAUUAGCCAGGCAGUUCGAGGACCAAACACCUGGAGAUGGUAACCAAGAUGUACAAGUCAUGGAGGAUUUCAAUAUGCACGCCACAUCUAUUCCAGAAAGAACGGAACGCGUACGCAUAACCGAAACUUCACAACAGACGGGAGAUAUAGAGAGUGCCUUCGAGAGACUGGCGUCAGCUCUACAAGAGGGAUUCACCUUACCAAAGCCAGAAUUACUAACAUUUAGUGGUAACUCUAUUGAUUACUGGUUUAAGUCAGAUAUUGACAACUCGGACAACUUGAGACGCAUUGUUAGAAGAUUACCUACUCAUCUGAGGACCAGGUGGGUGGAUGUUGCUCACUCAAUCACAGAGUCCGGUAGAGAGCCGCGGUUCUCGGAUUUGACAAAGUUUGUUGAUGAACGGGCAAGAAUUUCCUCUUCUAUGUUCGGCCUCGACCUUGUACGUGAGAAUAACCCAAGGUCUCACACCGAGAACAGAAAUCGACAUGCAAUAUCUCAUGAAUCUGAUUGGAAUGUUAAGGGCAAAGUUACUACGUUAGUUACACAAAGUAAAACAGACAAAUCAGGCAUUCAUUGUGCAUCUACAGAAAACGAAAUCAAGAACUGUUUGGGUAUUAUUCCUAUAACCGUUGUGGGAAAAGAGGGUAGGUCUGUACAAACUUAUGCAUUACUCGACGAUGGAGCAGACAAGACCUUGUGUGAUGAACGCCUUCUAAGUGCCCUGGAUAUUCCGAGCAAGCCUGUGACAUACGAAAUGUCAACAAUAACGUCCAGACACAGUACAAAUGUUGGCAAGGAAGUCAACUUAGACGUAAAACCUAUGGGUAGUGAUCAUGUGAUACCACUGCAAAGAGUGUGGUCUAUCAAAACACUUCCAGUAUCUGCACGCUUAGCCGCGAGGAAAGCCGAUUUGAGUACUUUCCCCUACUUGUCAGAUCUCAACAUCCCACAGAUUGAGACAGAUGAUGUGAUGAUACUGAUUGGUACAGACAAUUCUAUCGCACACAUUCCGCUCGAAGUGCGAGCUGGCGAUGUAAACCAACCAUACGCAAUCCGUACUCACUUGGGAUGGAUAGUUCGCGGACCAGUGCACAUAAACUCACGGAGAAACUCGGCCAACAUAAACUUCAAGAACGCAGAGGAAGUACUUCUUCAAAAACACCUUGAGAGACUCUGGAACACUGAUUUUGAUGAUAAAAUAUCGAGCAACAAAACCAGUAUGUCUGUUGAAGAUAAACGAGCUCUCGCCAUUAUGGAAUCUACAGUUAUUCAUGAGGAUGGUCACUAUAAGCUCGGGCUACCUUGGAGAGAUAAGAAUGCAAGUCUACCAAACAAUCUUCCUCUUGCGCAUUCAAGAUUACAAAAUCUACGUAAAAAGCUGAUACGCAAUCCAAAUCUACACGAAAUGUACAAAAGUACAGUAAAUGACUAUAUCGAGAAGGGAUACGCCACAGAAGUCACCAGAAGUGAGAUGAAUACAAAUCGUGUAUGGUAUCUACCUCACCAUCCUGUGAUUAACGAGCACAAACCUGGAAAAGUACGUGUCGUAUUUGACUGCGCAGCCACAUAUCAAGGCAGAUCUCUUAACAGCGAACUGUUACAGGGACCGGAUUUGAUGAACAGUUUGGUUGGUGUACUUUUACGAUUCAGGCAGGACAAAAUCGCCAUUGCAGCAGACAUAGAAGCAAUGUUCCAUCAAGUGAAAGUAAUUGAAGAGGACCGGGAUGCCUUAAGGUUUCUUUGGUGGCCUAAUGGUAACUUAAAUCAGGAUCCUAAAUGGUACCAGAUGAAAGUACAUCUCUUUGGAGCCACAUAUUCCCCAAGCUGUGCUGCAUUUGCUUUGAGGCGCACAGCUACAGAUAACUCAGAUAAGUUUGAGUCAGAGGUUAUAUCAACAGUUAGAAACAAUUUCUAUGUUGAUGACUUAUUGAAAUCUGUCCCGACCGAAGAGGGUGCUACAAAACUUGCAACGGAUUUGCAAUCGUUAAUGGCAAAUGGCGGAUUUCGGCUUACUAAAUGGAUGAGUAAUAGCAAGGCCGUGCUGCGUUCAAUACCAGAGGAAGAACGAGCUCCGACAGUUAUUGCACUAGGUCAGGAUUCUAGUACUUUACCAGUGAAUCGCGCACUUGGUGUUCAGUGGAACGUUGAAAACGAUUCAAUCGGAUUCAAAGUAAAAUUUGAUGAAAAACCACAAACAAAGCGAGGCAUAGUGUCCACCAUAAGCGCAAUCUAUGAUCCACUAGGAUUGAUAUCCCCUGUAACACUUCAGGCAAAGGCCUUAGUACAAAGACUUUGUCGAUUGAAAAUAGGUUGGGAUGAUGAAAUACCAGAAGAGAUCAAACAGGAAUGGAAAAGCUGGCAAAAAACUUUAUCCUUCAUAGAAAACAUAUCGCUUAGGCGAUGCUUCAUACCAAACCACUUUGAAGACAUCAAGAGUAUUCAACUUCACAUUUUUAGUGAUGGGUCCGAAAUGGGUUAUGGUGCUUGUGCGUAUCUACGAGUCGUGGAUGUAGAAGACAAUGUUGAUGUUUCCCUUGUACUAGGGAAAUCUAGAUUAGCACCUAUCAAACAACAGAGUAUUCCACGUUUGGAACUAUCAGGAGCCGUAGUUGCUUGCCGCCUGUAUCGAAUGAUAGCAGAGGAACUAGAAAUUCCAUUUACCCAGACCUACUUUUGGACAGAUUCUACAAUUGUCUUGGGGUAUAUAAGGAACGAAUCACGUCGUUUCAAAACCUUUGUUGGAAAUCGUCUCAGUGAGAUUCAUGAAAGGACAACUCCUGAUCAGUGGCAUCAUGUCGGUUCUACAUCAAACCCGGCUGAUGUAGCUUCAAGAGGCGUCACUGCAUGCGAAACUGAAACAUUGCAGUUUUGGUUGAAGGGACCUAAUUUCUUGUUUCAAGACCCAACUCAGUGGCCACAAGAAGCGUCAAACAAAGUUCCAGAUAUAGCUGAAAAUGACGCCGAGGUCAAGAAAGAAGUUGCAGUAUAUACAACAACUGUUGGUUGUAUUGAAAGACUUAUUGACUAUUUCUCGGAUUGGACCAAACUUAGACGAGCAGUCGCAUGGAUGAUGAGGUUCAAGACCUAUUGCAGACAACAGUACUAG